ACUUCCGUUGUCCCGCGGAGGGCGGGGGGAGCGAACUGUUGUGGUGCGGAGCGUUCGGCGGGCGGCGGCCGGGCGGCCCUGGGGCUGCCGCGGGACUCGGGGCGCAGCUGAGCUGCUGCAGGGGUGGAGUGGGCCGGACGAGCCGCGGGGCCCGGGUGCCGCGGGUUCGAGGCCGGGCCCCGCGCGAGGAGGCCGCGCCACCCCGGGGGAGCUGCCCGGCAGCGAGUUUGCCCCGCAGCCGAAAGAAGGCGGGAGCCGGCGGGGGCCUUCGAAACCCCCUGGCAACCCAGGCCCGGAGUCCUUAGGGAGCGGCUGUUUCCUGGGACGCCCUCCCGGACGCCCCCGCUGCAGGGUUACGGUUCUGGGCCCCCGGCAGAAGGCUCCUCUGGGUGACCCCCGGCGGGGCCCUGCGAGCCGCGGGAGCCGACCCCGGGGCCUCGAGCGGGGAGGAAGGGGGCUUCCGGAGGCGGAGAGCCGGGGGCGGAGGGACCCAGGCCUCUCGGACGCGGGGCAGGGCAGCGCCCGGGCUGGAGACGGACUCUGGGACCCUCGGGUGCGGGAGUCUCAGCGACCUGCCCCGCGGCACGCGCGGCCGCGGAGUGGCCUACCGGGGACCCUCCCCCAGAGGGACCGGCCCGGGGCGGGGAGAUGAACGGCUUCAGCACGGAGGAGGACAGCCGCGAAGGGCCCCCCGCUGCCCCCGCUGCCGCUGCCGCCCCGGGCUACGGCCAGAGCUGCUGCCUCAUCGAGGACGGCGAGCGCUGCGUCCGGCCCGCGGGCAACGCCUCCUUCAGCAAGAGGGUCCAGAAGAGCAUCUCGCAGAAGAAACUCAAGCUGGACAUCGACAAGAGCGUAAGGCACCUGUAUAUCUGUGAUUUUCACAAAAAUUUCAUCCAGAGUGUCCGAAAUAAAAGGAAGAGGAAGACAAGUGACGAUGGUGGAGAUUCUCCCGAGCACGACACUGACAUUCCUGAGGUUGAUCUGUUCCAGCUGCAAGUGAACACCCUACGACGUUAUAAACGACACUACAAGUUGCAGACCAGACCAGGCUUCAAUAAGGCCCAGUUAGCAGAAGUAGGUAGACAAAAUUGCCCUCUAAAAAGAGCCAGCAUUGUGCUGCUUCUGAUGGUUACCCUGAUUCUCCCUUACUGUGUGUGUCUGCUAAUUGUAAUCUCCUCCAGAGUUCUGGAAGCAACUCCGUAUUCCUCUUUGGCACAAUUUAGAACCCCACAGCUUUAGACCUGCAAAGGCCUCAGCUCCAGAAAAGAAACCAUGGCACAGAAAGAGGAAAGGAUUUGCUUAAAAUCACACAGCAAGUUGAUAGCACAAUUUAGCCUGGGAUCUCAUGACUCCAGAUUCUAAGUCCUGAGUGUUCAUUUGUUUGAAUCCUUUUUG